AAAACUUAACCAAUUAAUUGACAAAUUUAACUUAGAAAAGGAUGAAAAUAAGCGACAGGACCUUUUAGAAAAAAUGGGAGCAAUACCAAUUGCCGAAACUAGAAAUCCGAAUCCCAAAAGGAUAGGAUUAAAGCGAGACAAAAAUAGGAAAUAA